CAGCCUGCAUCUUUCCAAAAAUGCAAAUUUUCAUCAUGCAAUAUAAAAAUCUGAAAAGUGAGGCAAAUUACAUAUUGUUGUUAUAACCGCAGCACAUAGCUGUGUAUUUUUCACCCUUCUAAAACAACAUUAACAUUGUAUUUGUACUUAGGAGGUAUCUUUCCCACUAAAUCUAAAUAGAAUGAAAACCCAAACACUACAAAAACCAGGAGACUAAAAGACAUUUAAAGUUUUCUAGAGCUGACUGAGAGCAAAGGUUACUACCAAUUAUUAGACUCACAGAAGUGCAUAAUUUAUUGAAUGUUUCAGACAAGGUAACUAUAGUAACCUGAUUAUUUACAAAAGAAGCCAUUUACAUUGUUUAUUCUCUUGAUAUAUAGCUGAAUGGAAAACGUCCUGAAAGCUAAAGCAGAUUUUUCAGUGGACCCUGAGAUGAAAGGGUAUAAACACACAUGGCUCCUGGUGCCUCGAAUGAGAAGAAAACUGACGAUGAAGAGGCUUCAAAAGAGAAUUUUAUCCAUCUGUGCAACCCUCACCUGGAGAAAAUGAAAGAAGACAUCCUGUACCAUUUUGCUCUUGGGACUGGUACCCAUGAUUUUCCGGCACUGUUUGGAGAUGUAAAGUUUGUGUGUGUUGGAGGAAGCCCUUCACGGAUGAAAGCUUUUAUCGCCUACAUAGCGGAGGAGCUGGGCCUUGGGAGCCCCGGUUGUGACUACCCCAACAUCUGCGCAGGCACUGACCGCUACGCCAUGUACAAAGUGGGACCUGUUCUGUCUGUCAGCCAUGGUAUGGGCAUUCCUUCUAUUUCAAUCAUGUUGCACGAGCUGAUCAAACUGUUGUAUCAUGCCAAGUGUUCCAACAUAACCAUCAUUCGCAUUGGCACCUCUGGUGGAAUAGGUCUGGAGCCAGGCUCAGUGGUUAUAACUAGGCAAUCUGUAGAUGCCACCUUCAAACCUCAGUUGGAACAGGUUGUUCUGGGAAAGACAGUAAUUCGCAGUACUAACCUAGAUGAACAGCUGGCUCAGGAGCUGAUGCAGUGCAGUAAAGAAAUUGGUCAGUUCAACACAGUCAUUGGGAACACCAUGUGCACUUUGGAUUUCUAUGAAGGACAGGGCAGGUUGGAUGGUGCAAUCUGCUUAUACAAUGAAGAAGAAAAACUGCAAUAUUUGAAGAAAGCUUAUGAUUCUGGUGUCAGAAACAUUGAGAUGGAGUCUUCCGUAUUUGCUGCAAUGUGUAAUCUCAGCGGUGUCAAAGCUGCUGUAGUGUGUGUCACUCUUCUGAAUCGGCUCGAAGGAGAUCAAAUCAGCAGCUCACAUGAUGUCCUUGUGGAGUAUCAGCAGAGGCCACAGAAGUUAGUGGGAUAUUUCAUUAAGAAAUGUCUUGGGAAAGCAUGAAAUAUCCAUCUUUGUUUUAGAGAAGGAGAAGGCCUUUGUACAGAUGAAGUCACGGUUACAACUUCUGUGCAUUACAAGUCUUUUGCCUCAGGAUAACUUACAGCAUUCCGUGUGUCUGUGGAAGUUAAUCAUUUAUGUUACUGUUCUUUGGGAACUGAAUGUGCUGAAUGGACUUCAGUUAAGUUUUGCUUAGUUAUGUGUCGGUGGAUAUAAAACUCACUUUUCCAUGAAUUGGAAAGUGGUUUUGUUGUGAAGGACAAGCCUGCUAUAAUAUGUGAAAAAGCUUUAUUUAUCCCUGCUGUAAAAGAAAAAAACUAGUAAAGAAAUCAAAUUUUAUUGCCAAAUACUUGCAAACCACCAAAUUAACUUAAAAAUGCUAAUCCCUUCCUCAUUGUUAAAAAAUUAUGUAAGUUAUAAUUGUCUUUGUUGCUUCACAUGUAAAGGAAACCUAAAGUGAAUGCAGUUCAUUUUUUUGCAAACUUUGACAAAUGAACAAUACUAUUUUCAUAUAUUAAAAUUUAAUGAAAUUGCAAAGUGUUGGGACUGAAUUUUCUAAGCCUGAAGGACUUGACACUGAACUGUUGAAUAUCUGUACUUCUUAGAUAUUAAUCCAACCAUACUUUAACUAUACAAUUAAAUCAAUAUCCAGGAAACAUUUAUGCAUUGAAGAACUUGCAAUCUUUUGCUAAAGCUAGGCACCUUCUGCUUGUGAAGAGGAACUGGCAUUCAAAUGUACAGCAUGUUCACAGGCCUGUAUUAUGGUAGCUCUUUUUUUAUUCUUUUUUUUAAAUUGGUUUUCAUCUCUAUGUUUUCAGGACAAAACAUUCACUGUUGCAAUGGUUUCCAGUUCUUCUAAAGAACUGGAGAAUAUCUGUUGACUGUACAUGCCAUCAAAACCCCUUCUGUAGUUGCAGCUUUUUCCACUAUCAUUGGCCCAAGUUUUUGGGGUUUUUCUAGAAAUCAUAGUCAUUGCUACUUUGCAGCUCUGAUUAGAAUAUAAACAUGUGAUCAGCUAAAGAAAAUGUAUCACAGUUUUUUCUUUUCUCCAUUCUACUGGCAUGGGGUGUUCAGUCCUAGGAAGGUCACAGGUCAAAAGGGUCUGAAUAAGCUCUCAGAACAGCUGUCGCUGAUCCAGCAAAGUGAGAUUUGCUUUUUUGGGAUUGUAGUCUGCAACACUGUUAACAAGCACAAGAGUUAGAACUAUGAGGAUGUGAUGUUGUAGUGGGCACAUUCAGCAAGUGACAGAGACUGCAAGCAAUGUGAUGGAAACAUUCAAAAAGGGAUGGUAAGUCUCGUGAACAGAAAACUGCGAAUGAGAACCAGUCUCCUUAAAUUUGAUGCACUUUUAGCUGGAGGACAGAUUAGUAACUUUUUAAAUGUUACUAAUUUAAUCUUCUUUUAAUUUUAAAGCCACACUUUCUCAUUUAGGAUGAGUAUAUACUGUGCAUGUAAGUUUUCACAGAAAACUUUUUUCCCUAAGCUUAAAGGAAGGAGGUAGGUGAAAAUUGCUCCACAUUUUGUUUGAACUGUUUAUCCCUUGUUUUUUUUAAAAAAUAUAAUAAUUAACAAAAAAAAUCUUAACUGUGCUUAACCAUGCCUAGUGCUUGUCUAGUCAUUGACAAAGCUUGUGAGGCCCUUUGGGAAACAUGCAAUGAAGCACAUCCUUUCUCUGCAACGUCCUGUUUCUCAAAACAGUAAUGAGAUAAAAAGGAGAUCACUUUAGAAACAGUGUGCUGCACUUUAGUGUGAAGAAAAGCUUAUACCAAAUUGACCAGUAUGGGUUUGGAGGAGAUAAUUCGCUGUUGUACAAGAAAUACUAAGAAGUAUCCAAAGAGAAGAAAAAAUGCUUUAGGUAGAAAACAAAAAUAUCAAAUGUGUCUCUGUAAAACUCUAGGGAAGGAUAUUAUUGCAGUUGUCCUGGGAGUAUGAAUCUGAAAUGAUGUGAUUGUCUUUUUAAAAGAAGGACAGCAAGAAUCUGGAAACAGAUUAAAAAGAAGUUCUUGAAUCAUUUUAACAGCAUGUGCUGUCAAUUGAAACUACAAAGCUUUUGUAUUUACAGUCAUAAAAAGUAAGCACUUCUAUUUUGAGAACUAAUAUGAAAACUCUUAUGUGCUGAGUGCUGAAAUAUAAAUGGUCUUGUGGCUUGGCUGAACUGGAGCUAAGGGUCAGGCAUUCAUGGAGUGAUGCAACUCCUGUAUUAAAUCAAUACCCCAGACCCUGGCAGAAGCCCUUGAAGAUGUCCUUUCUCCUUCUCACUGUUCUUUAGGACACUGUACAUUUCUUUCUGCUAAAAUAUUUUUCUUCUGUGCUUCCCACCAAAUGGAGUAAAGGGGUGUAUGACAGUUUACAAUUAGGAUUCAAAAGAGACCGAGUAUCCUCCUGCUUCUGGUGAUCACCAUCCUCUGAUGCUGUUAUCCUAAUGCAAGAAGGGGCUCUACAGACAAAUCCUGGCUUCAGAGGAAACUUGCCAGAAUGUUACCCCGAUAAGAACAAUUGUAUUUCCCCUUGUGACUGCAACUGGACAGGGAGAUAAAGAAAUGAAUCAGCUGUGUGCAUCCGGCUGUGAAGUUACAUUCCUGUAGGUUUUACAGAGACGUGCAUAGAGAGUUAUAUAAUAGUUACAGGUUUUAUAAGCAAUUCAGUUAUUUAAUAUUAGCCAUUCACAUUAUUUCUGCAGAGCAUGAAUCAGGAUUUAAAGUGGUGAUAUUUUUAAAAAUAUAUGUGAUAUUACAUAUAUGUUCAAUAUUACGUAGUGCAGUGUCUUGUGGUAGGUUUAAAAAUCCUUCAAACACCAGAAACCUCUGUUUCAAAUCAAGGGCCUGCUAUGGUUCUCUGUGCCACCCUGUCACUAGCAAUACACCACAGAAUCAAUUUAAUCCAGGGAUCAGAAGGAAUAAAAAGCAAAGAAGAAAGGUAGAAGGUACAAAUAGGGUGGAAGAGUGAAGGGAGAAAACAGUGGUUUCUACCAAUGGUUUGUUCUGUGAUUCCUGGUCUUCUGGCCCAUUCCUACAAUUUUGUUAAAGAAAUGCCUGAGGCCAUAAUGAAGACAUGCUAUAAAUGCAGUGGUUUCCCAUUUGCAAGAGACUGAGAAAGUCCAGUAAUUCAAUUAGUGAAUUGAAGGAGUGGAUUUUUACUUUUGGCAUUUUACUUUUGGAUUUUUCUUAAAUGGAAGGUAUGAGAAAUCCUGAAAAGGAACAUUUUGGGAUGACCUAUGUCCAGAUUAUGAAUUUUCUUAUCUGUCCUUUAAAAGCCCAAGCAAAAUAAUUCAGUAAUUUCAGUAUUUCUUGAAAAUAUAUGCAUGCAGUAUGCAAUAUCGUUUUUUUUAACAUCAUUCCUUGAUAAGAAAUUUCAGUGCAUUGUGUUACAGAACUGGGUUUUCAUCUCAAGUCUGGAUCUCAAUAUAUAUUUCUAAAUA